AUGAGCGCAAAGAAGGCAAUCACCACAGAGUUGGCGCCCCAACCGAUCGGCACCUUUUCGCAGGCCAUCCGACACGGAAACACAGUGUAUCUGUCGGGUCAGGUGGGAUGGGAUGUGAAGACUAGCCGAUUGGUGACCGACUCGUUUGAGGCACAGUUGGAACAGUUGCUGAAGAAUGUCAAGAGUGUGACCGAGGCUUCCGGGGGUUCACUCGAAGACAUCGUUAAACUCAACCUUUUUAUUCUCGACUACAAGAACUUUCCGAUAAUUAAUAAAGUGUUUGAAAAGUUUUUCACAAAACCAUACCCGGCCCGCAGUUGUAUCGGGGUAUCCAGUCUCCCAUUGGGCGCAGACAUCGAAGUUGAAGGCAUUUUGCAAUUGUCUCACAAAUAG